GUGGCGGCGUGCGCUUCUCCCUCGCCUUCUGUUUUGGCGCCAGCUGGACUCCGCACUCCCUCCCUGUCCCCGGAGUUCCCAGCCCCCCCAGGCUUACUGCUCAGUGGCACUCGUCAGGGCGGCUUCUCCGUCACGUCUCGUGCUCAUUCCGUUGCAGCUGCUGCGAGAAUCUCUCUCCUACAUCCUCCUCUGGUCUGAGCUCAGCAGUGCUGUGUCUUGUCUCCAGAGGGCGUCACCCGCCACCCCUGCUCCUCACCGCAUCCAACACACACACACCUUCAAAAUGGCUUGCCGUGUUACCUCGACGAUGCAGAAAGACUACCAUGGCUGCUUAAUGUAGCGCUUGUUGAAAGGCUAGUCGCUACACACAGCACUAGUCACCGUUGCCCUCCACACACACACUCCCCUUUGUGCCAAAUUACCUCACCGCUGCCCGGCUUCCACAGCACCUCAUAGUCACAUCCAGUUACCUUCACCUCUCACCCACUGAGUUACAAACAGAUAUUUGAGACUUAGUUCCUUACCCUCUGUUCAUCCCCCCGCUCACUUGAACCGUCGAGUGUCAGUUCCUUUGUGUUACUUGAAGACUUUUCCUGCUGCUUCUCCCAAGGACUCGUGCCAGGCAGCCAGCACCUCGCCCAGCCCGAGGAGGCUCACCCCAACCUUCACCUUACAGAUCCUUCCCAUCUAAGGCUGGUCCCCGUCAGGAGCUCCUGCUGUUCCUGCUGUCCUCGCCGCCCCUGCCCCGCCCACACCUUCCUGUGACAUACACCCAACUCUUCCCAACUCUUAGUCAUCCCACUCACUCACACUUAACUUCAUUCCAGUCUCCCUCAUCUCCCAGCUCCGCCGCAGCCCAUCUCGCACACACAACCAAACACUCCGCCACUUGACUCCACCAGUUUCCUCCAUUACAAGACUCUGUGAUUCAUACCUUUCCGUCACUCGCUCCCUUACUCACCCACACCCAGUGACUCUCUCCGAAGUUCGUUAAGCCAAUCAUCUCCCUCAUGUCCCUCACCACACUCUCCUCCGUGCCCCCUCCCCCCGUCUCCAUGGAGCCCUGGUCUCAGGAGCUCCUGCCCUUUGCCAUCGCUGGCUUCAUUGUGUCCUUCAUCCUCGCCUUCGGGGUUGGGGCCAAUGACGUGGCUAACUCCUUCGGGACCUCUGUGGGCUCAGGAGUCCUCACGCUCCGCAACGCCUGCAUCCUGGCCACGAUUUUCGAGGUCUUGGGUGCAGUGCUCAUAGGCUACAAGGUUUCUGACACGGUGCGGAAAGGAAUCUUGGAUGUCUCGCUCUACAACAAUGCCGAGAAGGAACUCAUGCUUGGCUCCCUGGCAGCCCUCGGUGGCAGCGCCAUAUGGAACCUGGUGGCAACCUUCUUCAAGCUUCCCAUCUCUGGCACCCACACCAUCGUGGGCGCCACCGUCGGCUUCUCCCUCUGCGCUCGAGGCUUCAGUGGAGUAAACUGGAUCACCUUUGGCAAGAUCGUGGCUUCCUGGUUCGUGUCCCCCGUGCUGUCCGGCAUCAUGUCUGGUGCUCUGUACAUGCUGUUCAACCAGCUCAUCUUCAAGAAGGAGAAGCCCCUGGAGCCCGGCCUCCGCGUCCUGCCCCUCAUCUACGGCAUCACCCUGCUCGUCAACGUCUUCUCUAUCGUGCAUGACGGACCCACCAUCCUGAAGUUCAACCUCAUCCCAUGGUGGGGCGCAGUCAUCGUCGCUGUGGGUAUCGGCGUCAUCACAUCCAUCAUCGUGCAACUCUUCGUGGUGCCUCGCAUGCGCAAGACGAUCAGAGCUAGCAUCGCCAAGGAAGUCACCAAGCAGGAGAGCGAGGUCAAGUUUACUUUCGAUUCUGCUGAUAACUUUGAAAUGGUUGAACUUUUGUACAAUGAAGACAACUCCCGUUCACCAACCCCACCAAGCAGGGAGCUGUCUGUCAUUGAGAAAGGCAUCACCCCAACCACCUACACCUUCAACAACUCCUCUGAGACCAACGGCUACAUUCCUGCUGAGACAAAGUCCAACAACCUCCUCACUGCCAACCUGGACAAUGGCUGCUCCUCACAGUCAUUUGGUGUGACCAACAACAGCAGCCAGGUGCCCCUCGUCAACACCAGCCAGGUGAAGGUCGUCUCUAUGGAGAAGCUCACAGACAAGACUGAUGGUGACACCGACAGCUUGGAGGUCAAGACACUGUUCUCCUUCCUUCAGGUCCUUACAGCCACCUUCGGAUCCUUUGCUCACGGCGGAAAUGAUGUCAGCAAUGCCAUUGGGCCGCUUAUCGCCCUGUGGGCCAUCUACACUGAAGGCUCAGUUGCCCAGAGCACCCCUUCCCCGAUCUACCUCCUCUUGUACGGCGGGCUGGGCAUCUCCGUCGGCCUGUGGGUGUGGGGCCGUCGCGUCAUCAAGACCAUUGGAGAGGACCUCACCAAGGUCACCCCAUCCUCAGGCUUCACCAUUGAGAUUGGUUCUGCCUGCACAGUCCUGCUUGCCUCCAAGGUCGGUCUUCCAAUCUCCACCACGCACUGCAAGGUGGGCUCCGUGGUCUUUGUGGGCUGGGCCAAGUCCUCCCGCCAAGGCGUAGACUGGAAACUCUUCAGGAACAUCGUCAUUGCCUGGGUUGUGACGGUACCACUGACUGCUGGCAUCUCGGCCCUCCUCAUGCUCAUCCUCAAGAUCGCCUUCCUUUAAGAACCUCCCCGCCCCCCCUCCAUCACCGCCACCUGUUGCUGUGAUAGUUACUCUGCCAGGGACCCAUGUUCUCCCAGGAGUCCGACCUUCCCCUCCCCCACACUACUGAUGUCACUGUGGGACUGACUCAUCAUCCCCCAGAGCCCCUGAGUAGCAGCAGGAAGGAGGGUGAAGAUGACAACUGCUGCAGUGAGAGGAGGGUCUCUGUGCUGCCCACCAUCAUGACCAAUUUUGGCCACCCAUCGCUGCCUCAGCUUCCUCUCAACACUCUGGCUUAGUUACACAUCACUCUGGAGACUUACAGAUGCUGGCAUAGCGGUAUAAAGGUGCUUUGAGUAAGUAGGCUUUCAACCGUUGUCUUGUGCAGUUGCAUGAUAGUCCUUGUUCACUCUGAGGGUAAGAGUGUAGCAGGCUAUUUGAUGUUCUUCACAUUACUAAGAGUAGCUAGCUGUUGGUCCUCAAUUUAGUUCCUAGAGUUUAUAGUACAGGAUAUGAUGGCCAGUCCCUGUAUCUGGCUCUCUUCCUGUUCAACCAACAGUAUUAUAUCAUAUACUCACCUAUUAACAACAUGCCAGUAGUCACUGUGAAAACCAAGGACCACAGACACUUGAAAUUAUUAGCAUCGAGGAGCUGAGGUGGCCACAACUUGCUGAUGGCAGGAAGGAGAACUUCUCUCAGAGUCCAAGUCAAUCUGAAAAGUCCCAGCACAACUUUAAUACACAGCAGUGCAUGUUCAGGCCUUGUACACACAAACACACAUGUAAGCAGUACACAGUCAAUAUCCGACAUGAUGUGAAUGGACUCUGGGACAGCAGGUUCCUCUUUCUGUCUAGGCCCAAACUUUACAUGCAUUCAUUUCAUUUUCAUCAUAUGGACAUCAAGGUUCUUUCAUUGACACAAUUCAUAUCACCUCAUCAUUCAUUAUGGAUUCAUUUCUGAAUGGGAUUAUUUUAAGACAUGAAGGAAGCAGAUAGGAAGCAAAGUUGUCUGUUAGGCAACUCUUGUUAAGUGCUUGCAAAUGAGCUAAAAGUUUACACAUUUCUAUCAGAGCUUUGAUUAAGCUUUUUUAUAAACACACACAGUUGUCUUCUUCAAGCAAAAUUAAUUAUAUCCAAACAAUCACCAAAACUAUUCUUUAGAAAAAAACUUUAUAUGCUUUUUCAAAAUUCAGUUACAGCAUAAACAAAGCAAAAUUCAUCAUGUAAAAUGACUACAAUAUUAUUACUCUGCAAAGAAAUUUGUUAUCUUGACUAUUUAAAAUUUGUUGACUGUCAAAAGCUGUGACCAGUUUUUAGUUCCACAUCAAUAAUUACAAGAAUUCAAAGGAGAGAAAAUGGUCUUUACAAGACACGUGUAUUGAGAUAAGCUGGUGUUACCAUAAUGGUUUUGAAACAGUGAAACAUGGAAAAGUCAGUUGAAGGGGUCAGGACAGGUUAUGGUAGGUAGUGUGAAGGAAAACUUGUUGAGUCAGGAAUUCUAGGGUUAGUGUUAGUUAAUUGGGUGGGAGGGAGGGGCAAGUUUUGAGAAUUCUUCAAAUACUAGUCGCAUUCUGAGAAAAGUGAUAGGCGUCACAUUUCAUUUUAAAUAUAUUUGUAUAUUUUUCAUGUUUUAAAAAAUAUAGGUCAUAAUUUUUAUACAAUGAUGAAGAAAUAUAUGGAGGGAGUGAGUGAGUGGUGUGUACUCGGUGGCUAGUGGGAUGCACGGCAGGGAGCUACAUGGCGCCACCCACUUUAUUAUGGCUCAAUUUCAGCAUAACAGACCAUGUGUCACACAACUCUACUGCCAAACACAAUGCAGGACUUUUAAAAUUGGUGCUGUUCCCUUGCAUCAUCAAGGCUUGGGAAGCCAAGCCAAGCCAUGGUUACAUUUAGCCGUCUCACUAAACAUGGAUCUCCCUGCUGUAUCCAACUAGUUAUUCAGGUCUCAAGCAGAACUGAUGAUUCUAGGUCACUGAUGUUUAAUGUGUAUGUAUUAUUUAUUUUAAAUAUUGCAUUCAUUUUUUAUAUAGUAUGAAAAUAAUAUUGGCGUAUUACUUUUCUAUAAGUUUGUGUCGUUUCAUUAUGUUAGUCUGUAGCCAGCAGGGAGCCACCUAAAGCUUUGUGAAAUCCUUCAGCAACAGCAGCAGUAGCAGCAGCCUGAUAAUGACAGAGGUAUGAUGACAACAGCCAGGGAUCCACUACCUGCUGCUGUUGAUGUCAUGAAUUCAUUAUUCUAAACAGGCACAGGAAGUUCCAGGCAGUCUAUUAUUUACUUUGUGGGACAAAAAUUAUUGAUGCCUCUUCCAACAUUUUCAGUAAUCCAUAACAGCAGUAGCAAAUAUUAAAGAAAUGUAUGUAAGAGUUAUUAUUAAUUCACACAGAUUGGUUGCUGUUUUUUGUCAAUACUAUAUACAAUUUUCACUCUUGAAAGUAUGAUAAAGAUUAACAAGAGGAAGCAUCUCAUUUACAAAGAACUACAAACAACACACCAUGCAGUAACAGACCCUCAGGUAUGUCCUAAGACUACACUGACUGGUGUGUGUAAUCCUUUGCAAUGAUGCUUUCGAUGAAAAAUGGCCCAGAAAAUAACAUUUCAGUAAUGAAAAUGAACACUACUUUUGCAGUACAAGCAUAAUUUGUUUUUGUCAUUUCUUUAAUAUUUCUUUCCAAUACUACCAGGUAAAAGUUGUUAGUGAAUUUCACAUAUCAUUACAAUAAUUGCAAAGAAUCUUCUUGUCCUACAAUGAUUUUAACUGCAACUGACACUGACAAUUUUCAUUAUAAGUUGAAUCAAUCAAUAGAUGCACUUGUCAGCUGCUGCUGCUGUUUGAAAUUUGAGAGUUUUCUGAACAAAGUGAGUUAUGAGGCUCAGCUUUCACUUAGCACUAGGUGGUUCUCUUUCUCAAUGUAUUUAUGGAGCAGGUAAUUGUGCCACUCCUGUUUAUCCUCACAGUAUUGUUUAGGUUAUAUUUGUCUUGUGUCCUUAAAUUAUUGAUUGACUUGCCUUGCUUCUUUAAACACUGAUACGUCAAGUCACAAUACAAUGAGAACCCGACAGCGAUAAGAUAGUGAUGUGUCACCAUCACCAUCGCAUCUCUGAGGAUGACAGAAGCUACAAAGUCUUAGGGAUCAAAUAUGUGGGUCCACAGUUCUGAGUUUAACGUGAAUGGAUGAUGACUGUAGCUUCUGUCCUCGCCAUGCAGUCCUGCAGCCUUCCAGACACUUGCUGCACAGUGCUGGCCAUAUAAUGCCUUUGUGCUUGGCCAACAUCCUGUCCGGGGAAUGUUCUUCAUCCCUCGUGUUGUUAACUUUCAAGAUCAAGUUCAUUCAAUCAAGAUGUUUUUAGAUGUUGGCCCACUGAAAAUGACAUAACAUCUCAUAGACUAUAUUCUCACAUCUCACUAUAUAUUCUCUAUAAGUAUUUUCUUUACACCAUUUGAUAAUGAUUAUUGCUGCAAUUAAGUUAGCACAAAUUAUGUCAUCUCUAAACCAUACCAACAAACUGUUGUUGCACUUCACUUCUGUCAGCUGUAAACCAAAUUCUCUAUAUCAUACUGAUGCUACUGUUUUUUUUUUUUUUUUCCACAAGAGGAUAAUCACUGCUAACAAUCCACAGCAUUUGUACAGAAUUGAAUAAAAUAUUUUGUUUGUA